CUGGAACUGGCCUUGGCUGUGUGUUUGUUUUGUUUAUGUUGCGAGCUCAUACAUAUCGGUGUGUGGACUGAUGUCUGGCAUUAUUUAUGCCCAGUGCCAUCGCUUGCUUCUGUGACUGUACGACAACUUCACAAAGGAGAAACGAACAACCCGUUUUUGUUUUUAACUAUGGUUGCUCUUCGGUUGAUUAUGGCUCCCUUAGCCAUGCACCUGAGGAGAAGCGUAACAGUUCAUCGCUGGACCCCCGUGAGGAAGUGUAGUUUGGCUGGAUGUUCCUACAAACUCAGGCAUCAACUGCACCCUGUGUGGCAGUCCCCCCUCUCAAUUCCUGGCGGAAGGCGUCAGUCUCCCAUCAACAUCACCCUGCGGGAUAGCGUGCACGAUCCCCACCUCAAGCCGCUGAAGAUCCGCUACGACCCCAGCACCUGCACACAGAUCUGGAACAAUGGUUACUCCUUCCUGGUGGAGUUUGAUGACUCCACAGGCAAAUCAACUUUGAGUGGCGGUCCUCUGCUGAAUGAGUACAGACUGUGCCAGUUCCAUUUCCACUGGGGGGAGAGCAAUGCUGUGGGCUCCGAACACACUAUCGAUGGCACACUCUUCCCUGCUGAGCUACAUUUAGUACACUGGAAUUCAAGCAAAUACAAAAGCUUUGAAGAAGCUGUAAUGGAGGGUGAUGGGCUAGCAGUGGUAGCAGUGUUUUUAAAGAUUGGAAAAAGACAUGAAGGACUGCAAAAGCUGGUGGAUGCCCUGCCUGCUGUGAGACACAAGGAUAGCGUUGUCGAGUUUACCGGCUUUAACCCCAGCUGUUUGCUGCCCACUUGUCUGGAUUACUGGACCUACUCCGGCUCUCUGACCACCCCGCCUCUGACAGAGUCUGUUGCCUGGAUCAUCAAGAAGAAGCCAAUAGAAGUCAGCCAUGGUCAGUUGGCUGUAUUCCGCAGCCUGCUCUUCACAUCUGCUGACGAGGAGGAGCAGAAGAGCAUGGUGAACAACUUCCGCUUGCAGCAGCCACUCAUGAAUCGCACUGUGCGCUCCUCCUUCUCCCCCUUCCUGGGCAGCAUGGAGCCCCAGCUCCAGACAGGGCAGUGACCACAGAGCCCAUUUAGGUCUGCUCUGGCUGGGCUGAGGAAUUCUGCUCUGGUCUUUCUUUUUAACCCUUUAAGGACCAAUAACACAGGAGAGUUAAGGUGGUGGAAGCUUGAUAUGCCACA